AUGGCGACUAUGAACCCCCAAGCAGACAGUGUCGUCAAACUGUGGAACGUUCAGACAUGGCUUGCAUCUGUGAUCUGUCGCCAUCUUACCCAUGAUGACGAAGUUGACAUAAGUGCGGUUAAACUUGUAAGACUUGCACGUGAUUGCCGCAAGCCAUUAGAAAGUGGAAGCAAAUGUGGAAGUUGGACCGUUCCGCUCUCAUCACUGGUGCCCACCAAGGAAACAUUCAUGAGAGUUCAUGAGUAG